CUUGAACUCAUCAUGGCUUCCGCGGAACCACAACAACGUUUCGGCCAGUCUGUUAAAGGUUUAUUGUCCGACAAAGUUGGCUCAUGUAGCGGAGAUGUGAUUGCACUCACACGCCAAGUACUCAAAGGAUCACGCAGCCAAGAGCUCCUCGGGCUGGCAGCUCGGAACAUGGUGAUACAAGAAGACGCAAUACUGCACUCCGAGGAUAGCCUCAGAAAAAUGUCAAUUAUAACCACCCACCUGCAAUAUCAACAAGAAGCCAUACAGAAGAAUGUGGAGCAAUCCACAAACCUUCAAGACCAGCUGAGACAUGUCCUAAAAUAAAAUGAUGAGAGAUAUGCCUUAAAAUGAGGAAUUCUAGGAUACAUUGCUAGAUAUUGCACUAACACUGUUCCUACUGUACCUUUAUGCUGUACAAUAUAGGGUCAGGGGUCUAGGGUUUUUGGCUUUAAAUUGGACACAUUUGUGAGAGCUAAAAUCCAUGGAAUUCUCUCUAAUAAUAUAAUAUGCUCACAAAUACAGACCAAGAAGGCUGCACAGAAGUAAGAGUCAGACUGUAUAACUAAUGUAAAUAUUCUCCAUGUUUUUUUUUUUACUCAGUUUGUAUGAGAUUUGAGAAACAUUAGGAUUUAGGAUUUUAUGGUCUGUUUAACAUUAAUCUGAUCAAAGACAUUCCCACAAGCACAAGCGUUUCCUGGAGAAAUGUGCACACCUUUGAUCUGUCACCAGCCAACUAUGACCAUAGCAAUGGGACUGAGGCAUAUACUGAUAAUGCUGACCAAGACUGUAAACCUAAGUAAUUAUGCACAGUAACCAAUGAUGCACAUGAAUAUUAAAUAUAACUUUUUUUCCAAAAAAA